AUGCCUCCACUGUGGGCUUUGUACCGAUUUCACAUUUCUUCAUUCGCCACGCGACUUGGACAGGCUGAGUGCCGUGGUCUCAAAAGGCACAUCCAGAGGUUUGCCUCAAUAAGAUUGAGUCAGUAUGCCUCCAGCUUGAGCACAGACAGACUUGUCUACUUUAAGCAGGUCAUCCUUCAGGAAUGGUCGAUUGGCGGCAACGACUAG